AUGACCAGAACCCAACAGGGAAAGACACUUCUUUCCCACCAUUUCCAUCAGUCACUCCCCCCACGGCUGGGAUGGGGCAUGAAUUUUUCCCACUCAAAACCAGGACACGAGGAGUGUGCCUCGGUGUCCAGUGUACCUCCAGUCUUCCACUUUAGCCCACAUCGCUGUGCACACCUGAAGAACCAGUAUUUGAAAAAGGCUGCUACAAACCUCACCUUCUCUCAGGAGGUGGUAUGGCAGCGAGGGCUUCCCAGCACCCCUUACAGCCAGUACAACUUUGACCAUCUCUACAAGGCAGGCCACAUCAUCCAGCCUCCCCAGAUCAGCAGGGCCCGAUGCGAGAAACCCACUGGCCUCAAGUCCUUGCAUUCUUCAGGUCCCUCAGCAAGGGUCACCUCCCAGGCUGUGAAGACAGAAAGGUCUGCCAAUCUUAAGAAGCGGCCAAAGGAAUCCAAGCCGGCAAGUGUGGGCCAGGAAGAAUCUUGCCCUCUCAUCCCUCAUUCCUGCAGGGAUCCAGACAUGCCAGGUCUGUCACUUUCUCCAGACAUGAACCUGGAGGAGAGGGAAGCCUGGCUGCCACCCCUUGAGAAGGAGGCCAGAGCCUGGGAAGCCAUCGUGCUGGAAAAGCUGAACAAGCGCACCGCCCGAUGGAUCCAGAGCAAACGUCCUCUGAGGCCUGGGGUAUCCCCCAACAAGUGGCAGAGAUUUCUUCGCCAGCAAUACGACUGGAGCCACAUCCGGGAUGAGCUUACUUCCACUAGCGAUCUGGAGCUACUGAAACAGCUAGAGAAAGAAGAAACAGCAGAAUUUGAGGAUGAAAGCAUUAUCUUGCCCACCCAGGAGAGAGAGAAGCUGGAGCUGCUGCUCCCUGUUUAUUAUAGAUUACCCAAUUACUUGCCACAAGUGCAGAGAGCUGAAGCUAUGCCUGGCAACAAUGAGACUGCUGAGGAUAUCAAAGGAAAGAAGAACAUCUGCCAGCCCCCAAAGCAGAGCCACUUCCGGCAGGUGAAUCGUCGAGCUGGAAAGUUUGCUUACUCCACAGACAACACCUUUGAACAGGAGAUAUACUUUGAUCAAGUCCAGAUCAUACACCAGAUUGGUGCGAAGACAGACCACAUUUUCUUGGAAAACCUCAACUGCUACAAGAAGCAGCUGUCUAAAGUCUUCCCCGAAACCCCAGAAAGGUGGACUUCCCAGCCAGUUCCUGAAGCACCCUGCAGGCCUAUGAAAGGAGCUCCGCGCUGGACGGCUUUGCCCACUCCAGUCAGAAAUCUGCUGCUCCAGGUGGGUGAGGAGGAUGUUGCCAUUAAGACCAGGAGACAGAAGAAGCAGAAGGAAUCACCAAAGGAGGAUGUGGCUUGGGAACUGGUGGUCCUGCAGAGGAUGCUACAGGAAUGGAAGACUGCCUGGGCUCUGAUCAUUGAGUGGCACCAUGAGACAAUAGAGGGCCUGCUGCAGGGCUUGGUGGAUGUGCAUGAUGACAUUCGGAUCCAAGCCAUCAUUACAUGUGCCACAGCUGCUUUGGAACGGCCCCGGAUUGCCACCAGCCAGGGGGACUCAGCCCCAUCUGUCCAGGACUUGCCAGAGGUUCUACAGCCCGCUCUGGAGGCUGCUCUUUGUGACAAAAGUGCCAAUGUGCGGAUCGCAGCAGCACUAUGCCAGUACGUCAUACAGUCGCAUAAUCCCCUCGCCCGGGACAUCAUGCACAGUGUCCUUUUGAAGGGUAAUAGCGUGGACAGCUGGGCUGCAGCUCAGUGCUUGGCUCUGGAAGGUGCUGCCACAUACCCCGUGAUUAAGAGGAUCCUCCAGCAGCUGUUCAGUAAGAAGAAUGACGACACUGAGUACCAGUCUUGUAUGCUCCUGAGCCAUCUCAGUGAGAAGACAACCCUGAUACACACCAUGCUUGCUGUGGAGCUGAACAGCUACCAGUGGAAGGACCGGAUCAUAGCCUGCCGGGUUCUCUCUCAGGUCGGCGGGAAUGUCAGUUUGGAUAUGAAACAUAAGUUGAUCCAGAUGAUGCUGAGUGACUGGAAUAAGAAAGUAAGACAUGCAGCUGCCCAAGCUCUGGGGCGAAUGAGCUUUGGGAAGGAGGUGUACAAUACCAUCAGAGUCAAGCUGAGUCAAGGAAAUUUCCAGGAGCGUGUGGAAGCUCUCUCCCUGAUUGGUGGGCUCAAGGUCCUGACUGUCAGGCUUCUCCCAAGCUUCCUGAGCUGCUUCUCUGAUGAUUUCAUGGCAGUUCGGCGGGCAGCCUGUUUGGCAGCAGGCGCCCUGCAGAUCCGCAAUCAGAUGGUCCUUGAAUGCCUUUUGAAUCUGAUACAGAGGGAUCCUUACUGGAAAAUCAAGGCAUUUGCCAUUCAAGCUUUGGGUCAGAUUGGCCAAGUGAGUCCCCAGCUGACAGACCUCCUGCUCUGGGCCAUCCAUUAUGAAGAGUCACCAGGUGUACGACUAGAAGCUUGCCGUAGCAUCCUAGCCCUCAAUCUUCAAGGGGACCGGGUCAGGGACACCUUCCUAGACGUGCUGCUCCUAGAGAACCAUGAGGCUGUUCUAAAGGAAAUUCAUCAGGCAAUGAAGAUACUCAACUUAGAAAAUAAAGGAAACCAAGAAAUGCUUCAGAAGAUCAAGAACAGGAUUCAAAUACUAAGCCAAAAGGACUUGCUGACAGAGAAAAUAUUCAAGAUGGAGAGGGUCAUAGGAAAAGUGAAGGAAGAAACAAAACGUAUUUACUUGCAACCCAAGGAGGGGCAAAAACCACUGAAACUCCAUACUUUUCUACAAGAAACUUUUCAGGAUGAAGUGGUGAUUCCUAGAAAGCCAUCUGAAAUUUGUGACAUUAAAGCAGUCAUAAAGCCUGUGAGGUCCCGCACACCAAAUCCCUGGUCACAGAGUCCAGUCCUGGACCUACACACAAGAAGCAGAGGUCAAUUGUCAUCUGUGAAAGAUCUGCGCACUGCCCGGGAAAAAAGGAUUAUGGUGGGACCAUUUGGAUCUGACAACCCGGAUCUCUAG